UGAAAAGCGAUCAAGGUAAAAAAUCAUUUUUGAUAUACAAUAUUAACAGAUAAGACAAGUGUCUCAUCUUAUCAACUUGAAUUGUUCUAAGAUUGCCUGAUACGAUCGAUUGAUACAUUUUCUUAAAGUUGUGCGCUUAAAACAACAGUAACUAACCCGUAUCAACAUCAUGAAGUUCUUCGCGCUUUUCUUCGUUUUCGCAGCUAUCUCGAUGAGCAAUGUUGACGCGGAUUUCAUAACAGUUGCAGUUAACAUCAUCCUGUCUAUCGUGACGAGAAACAUGGAGAGGAGGGAAUAUGUAGAGCUUAUACCUAAGUAUCGAUACGAAUUUCCUAAAGAAAUCGCUGUUCUAGCAGCUGGAUCACUGGAACUAAAAAAUAUCAGAUUGUAUGGAUUAAAAGAGGCGCACAAAGUGAUGGCUGCAAAAGAUGGCGCAAAGGAUAAUAGUACGCACUACGUAGAAAAUGUUGGAAUAUAUUUAAAUGUUCCGGAGAUUUUUCUAGAACUUGAGUACGAUGCUGAUCUUGGGUUUGUUGACGAAGUACCUAUUUACGGUACGGGCAAUAUACGUUUACAGUUAUCAAAACUUCUAUUGAACUUGACAACAGAGGUAUCUAUCAACAAGCAGCAGUUAUGGAAAGAUAUAACUGUGGAAGAUUUGACGUUAGACUUUGGUUUUCGUCAUUCGAGCAAGUCACAAAUAACCAACUUCUGGAGGAACAAAACAGUUAGCGGGAUCUUAUCAACAACAAUCAACAUAUUAGUAGAAUUGUUCAGCAUGUGGUUCAAUUACGAAAAGGAAUGUAUCAAUUGUAUCGUUGGUGAGAGUAUCCAGAAAGCUGCGAACGAAAUUCUUCAUCCUAAGAACGAAGUUGAUUCACGUUUUGACUGUGAGUGUUUGAGGGUAUGUAUCCUUGGUACCCUUUCGAAAAAAUCACUCACGAUGCGUGCCUGUUUUUGAAUUCAUAAUGUAAUUUCCUCGUUAACAUUAUGUAUCCCUUUUAAAUGUUUGUUUCAGGACCUUUUCAAAGGAAAAUACAAACUUGAAAAAACCGUGGAAACACUGAUUACCGGUUAUAAUUCCAACCAAAGUUUUGUGGAACUUGUUAGCAAAAUUGGACAAGACGGUAACGUGAAACGCCUAUAUAAUGCUGGAACUGACGAAAUCCUGAAAGUUUUGGGCGAUAAAGGGAUUCUAGAGAAAUUGGGCAUGUGACGAUUUAUAACUUGAAAUAAAAAUAGUUUUUUUGA